AUGUCCUGCCCCCCGCAAGAGGAGCAGCAGCAGCAGCAGCAGCAGCAGCAGCAGCAGCAGCAGCAGCAGCAGCAGGACGUCGACGGCAGCGCGGAAACGCGCCAGCCAACGGCUGCACACCCCGCUGCAGCAGCAGCAGCAGCAGAAACAGCAGCAGGAGCAACAACAACAACAACAGCAGCAGCAGCAACAACUGCAGCAGCAGCAGCAGCAACAACUGCAGCAGCAGCAGCAGCAGCAAGUCUGCUUCCUUGGCAGCAGCGCACUGCUGCUCUCGUGACCGACUCGAGCUCGGAGGGCGCCCUGUCGCCGCGCGCGGCAGCAGCAGCAAAACAAGCAGCAGCAGCAGCAGCAGCAGCAGCAGCAGCAGCAGCAGCAGCAGCACCUUUUUCUUUCUUUGUCAAGAAGCAGCAAACAAGGGCCAUGCUGCUCGCCAGGGGCCCCCCAGGCCGCCCUUUAGCUGCCAGCCAGCGGCUGCCUCUUGCUGCUGUGCUGCAGUGCCUGGCGGUGGUUUGGCAGGCCGCCUAA